CCAGAUUGACCGAAUGGGGAAUUUCUAGAAGCAUCAAUUGCGACAGGAUUCUGUCAUGGCAAAAAAUAAAAUUCCAUCCAACAACCGAACCACCAAACACAACCAAAAAGCCUCCCAUGGACGACCCAGCCGCCCAAAUCCGCGCCUCCCUCGUCGCGCAAUCCCUCCCACCCCCCUCCCACGCCUGGCUUCAGAACCUCCUCUCGUCCCGCCCGCGGCCCCUCCCGCCCCUGCCGUCCCUGACGGCCACGGCCAAGGCGCGUCUGCUGGCCGCCGACCUGACGGCCCCGGGGCUGCUGGACCCGGCCGGCACCGCGCCGUUCCCGCCCGUCACUGCUGGUGGUGGUGGUGGUGGUGGUGGUGGUGGUGGUUCCGCAGUGGUGGCCGAGGAGGUCCGCCUGCCCCGCGACGUGGCCUGCCAGGUGCUCGACGUCGAGAACCUCUCGCGCAGCCGCUGGGACCAAGUCGAGGAGCUCGAGGCCGUGGCGCGCGGCGAGCUGACGCGCGGCCGCCAGGUCGUGCGCGUGCGCGACGCCGACGCCGACGACGACGAGGACGAGGACGAGGACGGUGGCCAUGCUGCCGCCACCCCUGCUGCCGCUCCUGCCCGCCCGGGCGGUGCGGCGCCGCAGCAGCAGCAGCAGCAGCCGUCAGACAGGAACGCGACGCACCGCCUCGUGCUGCAGGAUUGCAGGGGCCAGAAGCUCUUCGGGCUGGAGCUGCGGCGCGUCGAGCGCAUCGGCGUCGGCCGCACAAACAUCGGCGAGAAGCUGCUGCUCCGCGCCGGCACCGUGGUCGCGCGGGGCACCGUCCUGCUCGAGCCCGACAGGUGCGUCGUCCUAGGCGGCAAGGUCGAGGCCUGGCAGAAGGCGUGGGUCGACGGCAGGCUGGCGAGGCUGAAGGAGGCGGCCGGAAACCCCGACAGGGACUCGAGAUAG